AUAACAUUAACAACAUUAACAAGUUCAGAGUGGAAUGGGCGGAGCUCCGUGAACUCCCUCGAACGACUGCAGGAGGCACCGACAGGAGGGUUAUUGCGGCCGCGACUCAGGCUGCCCCACAUGACAUGUCCUCCCCAGAGAUCGCCUCCCUCUCCUGGGGCCACAUGAAGGUGAAGGGAUGCUCCUCCAGGUACAAGGACUGUAAGGUCUGGCCCGGAGGCAGCCGGGCCUGGGACUGGAGGGAGACAGGGACCGAGCAUGCACCAGGAGUCCAGCCCGCCGACCUGGAGGAGGUGCUGAAGAAGGGAAUUGACUUGCUGGUCAUCGGCAGAGGCAUGAAUGAAGCCCUGCAGGUUCCUUCCUCCACGCUGGACUUUGUGAUACAGAAAGGCGUCGAAGUCACGGUCCUGCAGACGGAGAAGGCCGUCGCCGAAUACAACAAACUGGCCGGCCGGGGCGACAAGGUGGGCGGGGUCUUUCACUCCACCUGUUGACGUCACCUUUUGCCCAUAAAGGGGCGAAGGACAGCCUGUAGAGCAGGCUCUACAGACCCCGCUUUAAAUAGAGCUAGCUAGCUCUUUUGGCUCCAAACUAUUUCCCUAAACCACUGAUUUAGGGUCUGAGGAAAACAUCUGCAUGUACAAUUAAUUAUGUUAAAUCCAAACACUUCUUUUGGAUCCAAUUGAAGAUGCAAUACAACUCCAUUUGUAUUGACAGGCCAUACUCUGUGGAAUGUCAUACGGUGAUGCUGUAUGUAUAGUUCAGCACAUGUAUUUCUGCUUGUUUCCAACACAAAAUACAUUUUGAAAAUGAAUUGUCUCCAUCACAUGGCUUUGUCUUUAUCAGAAACAAAUAGUAAAGUACAAAUAUUCCCCC